AUGGAGUUCAUGCAAGCCUGGGAUGGCCACACAGUUCGCAGGUGGAUGGUUGAGAACGUGGAUGUGGUGGGCUACAUUUGCGGUUGCUACCUCACGUUGGUGUUCACGGGGCCAAAACUCUUUGCGAGACUCAAGGGACGCGGUGAGGCAACCGCAGCGGCGCCCGAAAAGCGAAGCGAGGAUAGCUUGGGCUUUUCGGCGGUGCGUCGUGCCAUGGUGCUGUGGAACUUGGGCCUCUCUAUAUUCUCAAUCUUUGGCACCAGCACUGUCACGCCUACUUUGGUCCGCAACAUUGUGAACAAGGGCUUCUACGAAGCCACCUGCACUUUCAAUGAGGAGGAAUUCUACACGACAAGUGUGGGUUUCUGGAUGGGUAUUUUUGCCCUUUCGAAGAUUCCUGAGUUGAUGGACACCGUCUUUUUGGUGCUUCAAGGAAAGCAGCCUCUUCCGUUCCUGCACUGGUAUCACCACGUCACGGUGCUGCUCUUCUCGUGGCACACGUACUGCGUUGGAAGCUCUGGGUACAUUUGGGUGGCGGCUAUGAACUACAGUGUGCACUCAAUCAUGUACCUCUACUUCGCCAUUGCAGUGAUGGGCUACAAGAGCCUUGUACGUCCGCUGGCGCCUUACAUCACCCUGAUGCAAAUCUCGCAGAUGGUCAUGGGCUGCUUUGUUACCCUGUACGCGAUGCGAGCGAGUUAUGAGGGCCGUGGAUGCGGCAUGUCUUGGUCGAACAUGCGUAUCCAACUGCUGAUGUACGCCAGCUACCUCUACCUCUUCUCGGAGAUGUUCGUGAAGGCGCACGUCCUUCCACGGCCGAAGCCGGUGGCCGGCACCGUCAACGGCCCCACAAAAAAGUCAAACUGA